GAGUUUACUCAAAUGAAUGAUGUCGACAAUGGAGGAUUGAUUAUACAACUUCAUCUGGUUCGUCUUUUCCACAAUUGCUUUUAAUUAUCAUCACCAUUGAAUCAAUCCCAUCUGCUAUUCCUCCCCCUUUCAUUCCCUUUCUCUCUCUAACAAACCCUUUUCAAUUUCAAUUUCAAACCCUAGAAAUUUUCGAUUGCUGUCAACUCUAUUGAUCAGUCAGUCAAACCUUGUUUUCAAUUCAUAAGAUUAUUAUUAGUUUGAAGAAAAACAAAACCCAUCUCCCCAAAUCAUUGUAAUAGAUAUCUAGUUUCGAAUUACAAUGGAUUUUGGGGUAUCAGAUGAGUUAAUGGGAGCUUUUCUUCCAAUUGUGGUGUAUUGGGUAUAUUCUGGAUUAUAUGCUUUGAUGGGUUCAUUGGAUGAUUAUCGAUUGCAUUCAAGAAAAGAGGAAGAUGAGAAGAAUUUGGUGUCCAAAUCUACUGUUUUAAAAGGGGUUCUUCUUCAACAGGCUCUUCAGGCUAUUGUAGCUAUCAUCUUGUUUAAGGUGACAGGCAAUGAAACAGCCGAUAAUGAGAAGACGACGGUUAACUCUUCUUCAUUUUCCCCGCUUAUAAUCCUAAGACAAUUCGUAGUAGCUAUGGUUGUUCUAGAUACAUGGCAGUACUUCAUGCAUAGAUACAUGCAUCAUAACAAAUUCUUAUACCGACAUAUCCAUUCCCAACACCAUCGCCUAAUAGUGCCCUACGCCUUUGGUGCUCUUUACAACCAUCCUCUAGAAGGGCUCAUUCUGGACACUAUAGGCGGUGCCUUGUCUUUCCUCAUAUCUGGCAUGUCUCCUAAUACAUCAAUCUACUUCUUUUCUUUUGCUACUCUCAAGACUGUCGAUGACCAUUGUGGACUUUGGAUCCCGGGAAAUCUUUUCCACAUCUUCUUCAGAAACAACAGUGCUUAUCACGAUAUCCACCACCAGCUUUAUGGUACCAAAUAUAAUUUCUCGCAACCCUUUUUCGUAACUUGGGAUAGAAUUCUUGGCACGUAUAUGCCUUAUUCGCUUGAAAGGAUGGCUGGAGGUGGUCUUCAAGCAAGGCCAGCCAAAGAUUACAAGGAUAACUGAUUUUCGAGAUUUUGGAUGAAUAUUGGAUAUAUAUCUACCACUGUAAAAGUGUGUUCCAAUUUUUUUGAACUUUGUUGGCUAGGAAGAUAUGAUGUUGUGAUCUUUAGGAGGAAAGUUCAUUUUAUAUUUAAUCAGUGUAUGUGAUGAUUAAAUGAAGGAAGAACAUUGAUGUACUUUUUUUUAUUUGUCUAGGUAGAUUGUUAGUAAUUAAGUGGUGUUUUUUUGAGUUAUGAUUCAAUGUAAGUUUUAUCUCUACUUAAUAAUGUAAUGAGUGUUUUUUGAGUUAU